AUGGGCAAUAACCAUUCCAGCGCCGCCAAGUCGGGCUCGUCGGGCUCCCCUGGUGCCCCGCCAAAUGAUUCGGCGAGCUCGACGGGCACGACGUCGACGCCUGCCGAAGGCCACGGCCAUCAUCACCAUCACCUGCUGCCUCAUCGCAAGGAGGCCCGGAACCAUACCACGUCGCACGCAGCACAUAGCUCCGCCGCGCCCCCAGAGCCGUCUCUUGCCCAAGCGACAGGCUCGACCACCGUCAACCGACCAAAGAGCUUGCCCGGCACCGCUGUUUCCUCCCUGAGCGGCUCCCCCCAUAGCAACAUAUCAACUCCUUCCAAGCCGACAGAAGCUCGGCCCGUUCGAGACGAACCAACGAAGCCCGUCGAUGUUCCCACCGAAUCAAGCUCACUACGUCCUCACAAGGAAUCUCACAUUUCCGCCGCACCAAAGGGCGGCAUUGAUCCAUACCUCGUGUCCAACAACAGCCUCACAGACAUGUAUCUGCGAGGUCCGCCUCGGUUGCCGCUACCGAUCGAGGAGGAGGUCCACACACCCGGUUCGCCAAUUCUGGCCCCGGAAGAGGGACUUCCAGAUGUUGAGCUUGGUGAAUCAUCUGAUGGUUUGACGCGAAAGAGCUCCGCCGUCAGUGCGACCACGGUUGACGACGACGAGUAUGAGGAGCUGAGGGUUGACAAGACUAGACCAGUUGUUCCCACAAAGAUUGAAUGGAAGCGCGGCGGCGACAAGAUCUAUGUGACCGGCACCAUUUUCCAAUGGAACCGGAAGCAGCGUCUGCAUCCUGUUGAAGGAAAGCCCGGCCAUUUUGCCACCACGGUGUAUAUUCUGCCGGGAACGCAUCAUUUGCGUUUUCUGGCGGAUGGAAUUAUGCAGACAUCACCGGACCUGCCAACAACCGUCGAUUUCGGAAACAACUUGGUCAACUACAUCGAGGUCAACCCUGACGAUGCGCUUGUCGAACCGCAGCAAGGCUCUAUCGUAUCCAAGACCGAGGAGGUCCAAGUAGAUGAUUCCAAACCCCAAUUUGGAUCAGAACCCAAAGAACCUGCCAAGUCAAAAGGCAAGCCCGUUUUGCCGCCAGAAACAUAUGUCAGCCAGAUUCCUCAAUAUCUGAUAGACUUUGAUCAACCCGAAGAAUCUUGUGCCUACAGAAACGCUAUCGGUGCUAUUGAGAAAUUGCCCACUCCUCCUAGCUUGCCGGGGUUCUUGGGCAAGCCCAUUCUUAACGCGGCUACACUGAUGAAGGACGACAACUCUGUGCUGAACAUGCCGAACCACACGGUCCUCAACCACCUGGCGACGAGCAGCAUCAAGAACAAUGUUCUUGCUGUAUCAGCAACUACACGAUAUCACAACAAGGCAUGUAUUCAAUGUCGGCCACCGGUGCUGUCUAUGGAAAGCUAA